CAACAACAACAACAAAAGCAAAGCGCAAGAACAGACAAAUAAACAUAAUAAAAGAGCAACGCAAAGCAAAAACAUUGAACAAAGCAAAUUGUGCGCGUCAACGGAAAUCGGUUUUUAUAUGCAAAAAACAAAACAAAAAAAGACAGACAAACAACAACGACAAAAGCAACAAAUACAACAAGAAAAACAACAACAGCAACAAGCAGCUAAUAACGGCUAGAACAAAAUAUAAAACGGCUUUUGAGCCAAACUAUUGCGUAUUUGACGUUGCGCUCCGAACAAUGGUUGCGGCUGCUGCCGACGUCGAAAUUACAGCAACAACAGCAACAGAGGCAGCGACAGCAACAGCGGCAGCGACUGCGACUGCGACGCCAACGACAACGUUGUUAGCAAACGCAAGCGUUGAAAUUGCCGCAUUAACGGUCGCAAGUGCCAACGGUUCACAAGCAGCGACCUCUAAUCUAAAUAAUAAUAAUAAUAAUAACAACAGUAGCAUUCAUAUUGAUAACAGCAACAUUAACAACAACAACAUGUCAGAUGCAAGCGAUGCUGUCAACACAACGGCAGCAGCAACAGCGGCAGCAACAACAACAACAACAACAACAGCAGCAACAACAUCGUCGGCAGCAGCAACAGCAGCAACAUCUGUUGUUGUUGCAACUGUUGCCGCUGUGCCCAGCAAAAGUGCCGUUAGCCAACGCAAUGUGGAUAUUAAAAUAGAAAAAUCUAGCAACAUGGAAGCAGCCACACAACAGUUGACCAAAAAAGUGCUUAAACUGGAUCUGGGCGGCAAGAAUUUGGAUGAAUACUCGCUAAAGUCGCCAAAGUCACCAAUUGCAGCACGUUUGCCGCACCAAACAUCAUUGACGUCAUCGGUGGACGUUGAGGAUCGGAAAACAUUACGAGAGGCCUUAUAUCAGGGUAUAUUCCAUCGACAUCGCCGCACCAUAUUCGCCGUUGGCAGUUUUCUGCGUAUGCUCCGGAGCCGUAACUCCCAAUAUAAUACCAUACGCAGCUCAUCGGAGGGUGAGGAUAUCGAUGAGUGUGUAGUAUCGAAAAAAAAACAACAACAACAACAGCAACAGCAACAACAACAAUAACAACAACGACAAUCUGGGAAUUAUAGUAAAAUUCAAUUGGUACAGACUGAAGAUGAUGAUGAUGCUGCUAAUGAUGAUGAUGAUCUAACUAUCUAUUGCUGAUGUUGUUGUUUUUGGCGUAAAGCAUACAAUAGUUUGUUAGCAUACGAUAGUUUCUACGAUAGUGUAUAUGGUACGAUCAUUGGGUAAAAACAACAUUGCAUGUAUUCGAUGUAUUUAUUGUGUCAUCUAAUAAUUGCUUAAACACACAUUCUUUUCUAUUAUCAUGUUAAGCAGCUAACGUAUAAACGUUUCCAACAAAUUGAAUGUUCAAAAAUGAAAAUAGCAAAGAAUUCCCAAAACAAAAAAACAAAAAAAAAACAAAGCAACCAUAAGACUAGCCACAAUGUUGUGUUUAGCAUUUAGUAGACCAAAGAUAAAAAAAAAAAAAAUACAAAAAAUACAAAAUAAAAUAUAAUACCAAAUAUGGUACAUGUUAUAAUGACAAACCAUUACGUUUAGUUCAUGAUAUUGACAACGUGUAAACCUGCUGGACUGCUAAAUACUAGUUUUGGCCAUUUAAUUGUAUUGCCUCAAAACUGAAUCAUUCCAAGAAAACGUUUUUUUUUCUGUCUAUUUCCCCGGCUUCCCCUACACCUUCCUUCCCUUUCUUCCUCUUCCUCAAGCAAGCUUAACGAAUCUGAAAGACGCCUUAUCUAUAAAAUGAAAA